UUGGCCACUUCGUUGUAAUGGUGGAGUACAUUUUGAGUCCCAAACCAGGCGGUGAUUAACGCCUCCUCCUCGCUGCAGACCCAUCAAGUCCAGGGCUGACCCAGCAGUACCAUGACCCGUGAAACCCCCAGAGAAGCUGUGGAGCAGCCUGUGGACAACGAGGGCAGAGUAGUGAGGAGAGACGGCGUCCUCCGCUCCUUUGUUCGCGGCCUCUUCUGGCCUUUCAGUCUCGCGUUGAGGUCCUUCCGAGGAUUUUGGUGGAUGCUUAGCAGAUCUCCGCCUGAAGACGCACCCACCUCCAUCUCCGUGGUUUCCAGCCCCGUGCGCCAAAACCUCACCGGCCGGAAGCGCCUCUACAGGGUCACCCGGCUGCUGCUGCGCAUCCUGCCCUCCUGGGCGCAGGCCGCCCUGGGCUACCCGGUGUCUAGCAGCGUUGGGUGCUCUCUGUCCCCAGAGAUCAGUGUUUCACCCACUAAACCACAUGGAAAGGGCAGCAAGAGAAAACAAGAUGAGCUUGAUGAUGAUGAGGAGGAGGAUCAUCCAUCUUGGGUGGAGGUGCUUUCUAAGGAACUUCCAGAUGAUGAAGGCCAAGAGGAAGAUCCUGACUAUGAGGUCAGCACCGAGGAGGAAGACAGUGAGGAAUAUGCCUCAAAGGCCGACACAGAGAGUGAUCUUGAAAUUACAGAAGGUCGCGUCGUUAUUCGUGACGUGAACACGGAUGUUGCUGUCCCGAUGCCAGCUGAAGAGUCUACAGCUGCUGUUUAAACUUUCUCUAUUGCUGUAAUUUUUGUAUGUUUAUAUAUUCAAUAAAACUUUAAUGUGCUGUUUUGUCACCA